ACCAGACAUGCAGGAAUAUCUGCGUUUUUGAGAGCCGCAAGAGUCGUCUUGAUGAUUUGUAAAAUGUCCAUCUUGCAUCAAAGAACAAUGAUGGGCACACUACGGAUGCGGGGAAUAAAGGAGCAGAGAGUCAAUAAUGGCGGAGUUUAGGUGUCUUAAAUAGUCCGGUUCGCCAGGUCGCCCUGAUUUGGGCGGCUAUCUCUGACUCAGGUGUCGGUAAAGCCCAACUGUGCAGUCUCGCUGUGAUAAUAGAGGCACAGCUUGACCGCCAACAAAGACUGUCAACUUCCCCCUCCCCGCCCCCAAAUCCUUUCUUGCAUUCAGUUUCGUUGCAAUGAGUUCUUUCUCUCAAGUUCCUUGCAUAUGUCGAGAACACAAUUAUCUCGUCUCCUCAACGGCGUUCCAUUGCAAGGAUUGACAUACGUGGUCUGUAUAGAUGGCCAUCAUCAUCUACUACUCUAAGAAUGCAGCAUCUUGCUGCAACCCGCAGCGUGGCUUCAUGGCGAUACAAAAUCCAAUCCCUGCUGCCAAGACCGUCCGUCUCCUUUCAAGUCUUAUCAGAUCUGCAUCUCGAAAUCAACAAGCAAUAUUCAUCCUAUGACAUACCCGUCUGUUCCCCUUAUUUGAUUCUCGCCGGGGACGUUGGCCGCCUCGCGGACUCAGACUAUAACGAGUACCGUGACUUCCUAUGCCGCCAAACUGAGCGUUUCGAAAAAGUAUUUCUCGUUCUUGGGAAUCAUGAGUUCUACGGCCUAUCUUUUGCCGCCGGUCUUGAAAAGGCCAAGCAACUUGAAAAGGAACAUUGUUUUAGCGGACGGCUUGUCCUUCUUCAUCAGACGCGUUUUGACUUUGAUUGCAAUUGUUCCACAUCCUCAUCUCUGGUCCCUCCUGUUUCUCCUUCUCCUCUCCUCUCUCCCUAUUUUUCUCCUCGUUCCUGUCCCUGUCCCCGUGUUACAAUCCUAGGCUGCACGCUCUGGUCCCAAAUCCCAGACGACGCCAAAACCAGAGCGAUUGUCAAGUCCAAGAUCAAAGAUUUUCAAAAUAUACAUGACUGGACGAUUGACGACCACAACGCUGCUCAUGAGUCGGAUGUCGCCUGGUUACGGCAGCAGGUUGGGCUCAUACAGCGAGAGAAUGAAGCGACCCCAGCUCACACCAAAAAGAGGUCUGGGUCAAGCUUGGGGUUGGAGUCCAGGUUCAGGUCCAGGUCCAGGUCAAGACCCAGGAACCGCUCGAUUCUGAUAAUAACUCACUACGCGCCCUCUAUUGCAAAAACCUCCAGUCCGCGCAACUCGAAAAACCCAUGGAUCUCAGCGUUCGCAACUGACCUGUUGUCGGUGUCAAAAAGGCCAAACACACAGAGUGAGUGGGACGGAGUCAAGGUUUGGGUAUUUGGACAUACACACCACACGACGCAGUUCAAGCAAGACGGUAUAACAGUUCUGAGCAAUCAGCGUGGUUAUGUACUUCCCUGGAAACCCGAUCCUAGGAAGCGCGAUAGCGCCGAGAAGGAUAGGGUUGAUGUCAGGAAGGUUGUACGAUUGAGUGGGUAAGGGGGGUUUUGCUUGCUCCCUGGAAGAGGACUCAUCCGACUCAGACUGUCAUACGGUCAUACCUUAAACAUCCUGCUUUCAAAGGUCAAAUGAUGAAUCAUGAAACAGAGAAUGGGUUCUUUAAAGACAAUUUUAAUAUUACUAGAGUUUAAGUUCAUAGCUAGCAGAGAGAAAAUGUAUCAGAUGC